AAAUUAUAUACUUUUCGUUACCAUACUCAUGCUAUGUUAAUAAAGUUGAAGCGAUAAAAAAGAAAAGUAAUUUAUUUUUAUGGUCUAUUUUUAAUGGAGGAUAUAUAUUGAAAGUAAGUUUAAAAAAUAUCAGUUAUUUCGACUUGCCGCUUCUUAAAAAAAGCGUGAAGAUGUUGAAAUAUCUAGGGUUGAUUAUUUUCCUUAUUAAUCUUACGUUAGAAUCACCCGUUUUAGUAGCUGACAGAAAUAAUUUAGGGGACCAUGAUAGACAUUCCCAUGAGGAUUUAAAUGGUAUUCCUUUUAGAACCCAAACAUAAUUCACCGUAUACCCAUAUUAAACUGAAGGGCAAGGAUAUGCCUAUUGGAAGAUUAGAAACAGGAAAAUUAAGAACUUAUGAUGAAUUUUUUGCUACUUUGGGGCAUUUUUUAAAGGUGACCACUCUUUCAAGCAAUAUUAACAAUAUGUUGGUCAAAAAUAACAAUCUCGGACUUAUUGUUACUGUAAUCAAUGAAAAACUUUGUGUAACCAUUAUACAAACCAAAAAUAAGGAGUGCCUAGACAUAGAAGAAUUUGUUGAAACCAGUACCAAGGGUGAUGAUAAAACAACUAUUUCAAAUGAAAUUUCUACUGGCACUGAUGAAUAUUCAACACCUGCAUGGACAGGUCUUGAUUCAAGCACUUUAAUUGAUAUCCAUAAUCAGGACACAACUACUUCGACUCAGCAAGGUUCUACCAGUUCGGACUUAACAACACCAAGCAGCACAAAUACUUAUGAAACCACAGCUACUCUGUCAGAUAUGAAUUUAGGCUCAACAAUAUCCAGCACUGAAGAUGAUAUCAAUAAUCAGGACCCAACUACUUCGACUCAGCAAGGUUCUACCAUUUCUGACUUAACAACACCAAGCAGCACAAAUACUUAUGACACCACAGCUACUCUGUCAGAUAUGAAUUUAGGCUCAACAAUAUCCAGCACUGAAGAUGAUAUCAAUAAUCAGGACCCAACUACUUCGACUCAGCAAGGUUCUACCAUUUCUGACUUAACAACACCAAGCAGCACAAAUACUUAUGACACCACAGCUACUCUGUCAGAUAUAAAUUUAGGCUCAACAAUAUCCAGCACUGAAGAUGAUAUCAAUAAUCAGGACACAACUACUUCGACCCAGCAAGGUUCUACCAGUUCUGACUUAACAACACCAAGCAGCACAAAUACUUAUGACACCACAGCUACUCUGUCAGAUAUGAAUUUAGGCUCAACAAUAUCCAGCACUGAAGAUGAUAUCAAUAAUCAGGACCCAACUACUUCGACUCAGCAAGGUUCUAGCAGUUCGGACUUAACAACACCAAGCAGCACAAAUACUUAUGAAUCCACAGCUACUCUGUCAGAUAUGAAUUUAGGCUCAACAAUAUCCAGCACUGAAGAUGAUAUUCAUAAUCAGGACACAACUACUUCGACUCAGGAAGGUUCUACCAUUUCUGACUUAACAACACCAAGCAGCACAAAUACUUAUGAAACCACAGCUACUCUGUCAGAUAUGAAUUUAGGCUCAACAAUAUCCAGCACUGAAGAUGAUAUCAAUAAUCAGGACCCAACUACUUCGACUCAGCAAGGUUCUAGCAGUUCGGACUUUACAACACCAAGCAGCACAAAUACUUAUGAAACCACAGCUACUCUGUCAGAUAUGAAUUUAGGCUCAACAAUAUCCAGCACUGAAGGUGAUAUCAAUAAUCAGGACACAACUACUUCGACACAGCAAGGUUCUACCAGUUCUGACUUAACAACACCAAGCAGCACAAAUACUUAUGAAACCACAGCUACUCUGUCAGAUAUGAAUUUAGGCUCAACAAUAUCCAGCACUGAAGAUGAUAUCAAUAAUCAGGACACAACUACUUCGACCCAGCAAGGUUCUACCAGUUCUGACUUAACAACACCAAGCAGCACAAAUACUUAUGAAACCACAGCUACUCUGUCAGAUAUGAAUUUAGGCUCAACAAUAUCCAGCACUGAAGGUGAUAUCAAUAAUCAGGACACAACUACUUCGACACAGCAAGGUUCUACCAGUUCUGACUUAACAACACCAAGCAGCACAAAUACUUAUGAAACCACAGCUACUCUGUCAGAUAUGAAUUUAGGCUCAACAAUAUCCAGCACUGAAGAUGAUAUCAAUAAUCAGGACCCAACUACUUCGACUCAGCAAGGUUCUAGCAGUUCGGACUUAACAACACCAAGCAGCACAAAUACUUAUGAAUCCACAGCUACUCUGUCAGAUAUGAAUUUAGGCUCAACAAUAUCCAGCACUGAAGAUGAUAUUCAUAAUCAGGACACAACUACUUCGACUCAUGAAGGUUCUACCAUUUCUGACUUAACAACACCAAGCAGCACAAAUACUUAUGACACCACAGCUACUCUGUCAGAUAUGAAUUUAGGCUCAACAAUAUCCAGCACUGAAGAUGAUAUCAAUAAUCAGGACCCAACUACUUCGACUCAGCAAGGUUCUACCAUUUCUGACUUAACAACACCAAGCAGCACAAAUACUUAUGAAACCACAGCUACUCUGUCAGAUAUGAAUUUAGGCUCAACAAUAUCCAGCACUGAAGAUGAUAUCAAUAAUCAGGACACAACUACUUCGACCCAGCAAGGUUCUACCAGUUCUGACUUAACAACCCCAAGCAGCACAAAUACUUAUGAAACCACAGCUACAUUGUCAGAUAUAAAUUUAGGCUCAACAAUAUCCAGCACUGAAGAUGAUAUCAAUAAUCAGGACACAACUACUUCGACUCAGCAAGGUGCUACCAGUUCUGACUUAACAACACCAAGCAGCACAAAUACUUAUGAAACCACAGCUACUCUGUCAGAUAUGAAUUUGGGCUCAACAAUAUCCAGCACUGAAGAUGAUAUCAAUAAUCAGGACACAACUACUUCGACCCAGCAAGGUUCUAGCAGUUCGGACUUAACAACACCAAGCAGCACAAAUACUUAUGAAACCACAGCUACAUUGUCAGAUAUGAAUUUGGGCUCAACAAUAUCCAGCACUGAAGAUGAUAUUCAUAAUCAGGACACAACUACUUCGACUCAGGAAGGUUCUACCAUUUCUGACUUAACAACACCAAGCAGCACAAAUACUUAUGAAACCUCAGCUACUCUGUCAGAUAUGAAUUUGGACUCAACAAUAUCCAGCACUGAAGAUGAUAUUCAUAAUCAGGACACAACUACUUCGACUCAGGAAGGUUCUACCAUUUCUGACUUAACAACACCAAGCAGCACAAAUACUUAUGAAACCACAGCUACACUGUCAGAUAUGAAUUUAGGCUCAACAAUAUCCAGCACUGAAGAUGAUAUCAAUAAUCAGGACCCAACUACUUCGACUCAGCAAGGUUCUAGCAGUUCGGACUUAACAACACCAAGCAGCACAAAUACUUAUGAAACCACAGCUACAUUGUCAGAUAUGAAUUUGGGCUCAACAAUAUCCAGCACUGAAGAUGAUAUUCAUAAUCAGGACACAACUACUUCGACUCAGGAAGGUUCUACCAUUUCUGACUUAACAACACCAAGCAGCACAAAUACUUAUGAAACCACAGCUACUCUGUCAGAUAUGAAUUUAGGCUCAACAAUAUCCAGCACUGAAGAUGAUAUCAAUAAUCAGGACCCAACUACUUCGACUCAGCAAGGUUCUAGCAGUUCGGACUUAACAACACCAAGCAGCACAAAUACUUAUGAAACCACAGCUACAUUGUCAGAUAUGAAUUUGGGCUCAACAAUAUCCAGCACUGAAGAUGAUAUUCAUAAUCAGGACACAACUACUUCGACUCAGGAAGGUUCUACCAUUUCUGACUUAACAACACCAAGCAGCACAAAUACUUAUGAAACCACAGCUACUCUGUCAGAUAUGAAUUUAGGCUCAACAAUAUCCAGCACUGGAGAUGAUAUCAAUAAUCAGGACCCAACUACUUCGACUCUGCAAGGUUCUAGCAGUUUGGACUUAACAACACCAAGCAGCACAAAUACUUAUGAAACCACAGCUACUCUGUCAGAUAUGAAUUUAGGCUCAACAAUAUCCAGCACUGAAGAUGAUAUUCAUAAUCAGGACACAACUACUUCGACUCAGGAAGGUUCUACCAUUUCUGACAUAACAACACCAAGCAGCACAAAUACUUAUGAAACCACAGCUACUCUGUCAGAUAUGAAUUUAGACUCAACAAUAUCCAGCACUGAAGAUGAUAUCAAUAAUCAGGACCCAACUACUUCGACUCAGCAAGGUUCUAGCAGUUCGGACUUAACAACACCAAGCAGCACAAAUACUUAUGAAACCACAGCUACAUUGUCAGAUAUGAAUUUGGGCCCAACAAUAUCCAGCACUGAAGAUGAUAUUCAUAAUCAGGACACAACUACUUCGACUCAGGAAGGUUCUACCAUUUCUGACUUAACAACACCAAGCAGCACAAAUACUUAUGAAACCACAGCUACAUUGUCAGAUAUGAAUUUGGGCUCAACAAUAUCCAGCACUGAAGAUGAUAUCCAUAAUCAGGACACAACUACUUCGACUCAGGAAGGUUCUACCAUUUCUGACUUAACAACACCAAGCAGCACAAAUACUUAUGAAACCACAGCUACAUUGUCAGAUAUGAAUUUGGGCUCAACAAUAUCCAGCACUGAAGAUGAUAUCCAUAAUCAGGACACAACUACUUCGACUCAGGAAGGUUCUACCAUUUCUGACUUAACAACACCAAGCAGCACAAAUACUUAUGAAACCACAGCUACAUUGUCAGAUAUGAAUUUGGGCUCAACAAUAUCCAGCACUGAAGAUGAUAUUCAUAAUCAGGACACAACUACUUCGACUCAGGAAGGUUCUACCAUUUCUGACUUAACAACACCAAGCAGCACAAAUACUUAUGAAACCACAGCUACAUUGUCAGAUAUGAAUUUGGGCUCAACAAUAUCCAGCACUGAAGAUGAUAUCCAUAAUCAGGACACAACUACUUCGACUCAGCAAGGUUCUAGCAGUUCGGACUUAACAACACCAAGCAGCACAAAUACUUAUGAAACCACAGCUACAUUGUCAGAUAUGAAUUUAGGCUCAACAAUAUCCAGCACUGAAGAUGAUAUCAAUAAUCAGGACCCAACUACUUCGACUCAGCAAGGUUCUAGCAGUUCGGACUUAACAACACCAAGCAGCACAAAUACUUAUGAAACCACAGCUACAUUGUCAGAUAUGAAUUUAGGCUCAACAAUAUCCAGCACUGAAGAUGAUAUCAAUAAUCAGGACACAACUACUUCGACACAGCAAGGUUCUACCAGUUCUGACUUAACAACACCAAGCAGCACAAAUACUUAUGAAACCACAGCUACUCUGUCAGAUAUGAAUUUAGGCUCAACAAUAUCCAGCACUGAAGAUGAUAUCAAUAAUCAGGACCCAACUACUUCGACUCAGCAAGUUUCUACCAUUUCUGACUUAACAACACCAAGCAGCACAAAUACUUAUGAAACCACAGCUACAUUGUCAGAUAUGAAUUUGGGCUCAACAAUAUCCAGCACUGAAGAUGAUAUCAAUAAUCAGGACACAACUACUUCGACUCAGCAAGGUUCUAGCAGUUCGGACUUAACACCAAGCAGCACAAAUACUUAUGAAACCACAGCUACAUUGUCAGAUAUGAAUUUAGGCUCAACAAUAUCCAGCACUGAAGAUGAUAUCAAUAAUCAGGACCCAACUACUUCGACUCAGCAAGGUUCUAGCAGUUCGGACUUAACAACACCAAGCAGCACAAAUACUUAUGAAACCACAGCUACAUUGUCAGAUAUGAAUUUAGGCUCAACAAUAUCCAGCACUGAAGAUGAUAUCAAUAAUCAGGACACAACUACUUCGACACAGCAAGGUUCUACCAGUUCUGACUUAACAACACCAAGCAGCACAAAUACUUAUGAAACCACAGCUACUCUGUCAGAUAUGAAUUUAGGCUCAACAAUAUCCAGCACUGAAGAUGUUAUCCAUAAUCAGGACCCAACUACUUCGACUCAGCAAGGUUCUACCAUUUCUGACUUAACAACACCAAGCAGCACAAAUACUUAUGAAACCACAGCUACUCUGUCAGAUAUGAAUUUAGGCUCAACAAUAUCCAGCACUGAAGAUGAUAUCAAUAAUCAGGACCCAACUACUUCGACUCAGCAAGGUUCUAGCAGUUCGGACUUAACAACACCAAGCAGCACAAAUACCUAUGAAACCACAGCUACAUUGUCAGAUAUGAAUUUGGGCUCAACAAUAUCCAGCACUGAAGAUGAUAUUCAUAAUCAGGACACAACUACUUCGACUCAGGAAGGUUCUACCAUUUCUGACUUAACAACACCAAGCAGCACAAAUACUUAUGAAACCACAGCUACUCUGUCAGAUAUGAAUUUAGGCUCAACAAUAUCCAGCACUGAAGAUGAUAUCAAUAAUCGGGACCCAACUACUUCGACUCAGCAAGGUUCUAGCAGUUCGGACUUAACAACACCAAGCAGCACAAAUACUUAUGAAACCACAGCUACAUUGUCAGAUAUGAAUUUGGACUCAACAAUAUCCAGCACUGAAGAUGAUAUCAAUAAUCAGGACCCAACUACUUCGACUCAGCAAGGUUCUAGCAGUUCGGACUUAACAACACCAAGCAGCACAAAUACUUAUGAAACCACAGCUACAUUGUCAGAUAUGAAUUUGGGCUCAACAAUAUCCAGCACUGAAGAUGAUAUUCAUAAUCAGGACACAACUACUUCGACUCAGGAAGGUUCUACCAUUUCUGACUUAACAACACCAAGCAGCACAAAUACUUAUGAAACCACAGCUACUCUGUCAGAUAUGAAUUUAGGCUCAACAAUAUCCAGCACUGAAGAUGAUAUCAAUAAUCAGGACCCAACUACUUCGACUCAGCAAGGUUCUAGCAGUUCGGACUUAACAACACCAAGCAGCACAAAUACUUAUGAAACCACAGCUACAUUGUCAGAUAUGAAUUUGGGCUCAACAAUAUCCAGCACUGAAGAUGAUAUUCAUAAUCAGGACACAACUACUUCGACUCAGGAAGGUUCUACCAUUUCUGACUUAACAACACCAAGCAGCACAAAUACUUAUGAAACCACAGCUACUCUGUCAGAUAUGAAUUUAGGCUCAACAAUAUCCAGCACUGGAGAUGAUAUCAAUAAUCAGGACCCAACUACUUCGACUCAGCAAGGUUCUAGCAGUUUGGACUUAACAACACCAAGCAGCACAAAUACUUAUGAAACCACAGCUACUCUGUCAGAUAUGAAUUUAGGCUCAACAAUAUCCAGCACUGAAGAUGAUAUUCAUAAUCAGGACACAACUACUUCGACUCAGGAAGGUUCUACCAUUUCUGACAUAACAACACCAAGCAGCACAAAUACUUAUGAAACCACAGCUACUCUGUCAGAUAUGAAUUUAGGCUCAACAAUAUCCAGCACUGAAGAUGAUAUCAAUAAUCAGGACCCAACUACUUCGACUCAGCAAGGUUCUAGCAGUUCGGACUUAACAACACCAAGCAGCACAAAUACUUAUGAAACCACAGCUACAUUGUCAGAUAUGAAUUUGGGCCCAACAAUAUCCAGCACUGAAGAUGAUAUUCAUAAUCAGGACACAACUACUUCGACUCAGGAAGGUUCUACCAUUUCUGACUUAACAACACCAAGCAGCACAAAUACUUAUGAAACCACAGCUACAUUGUCAGAUAUGAAUUUGGGCUCAACAAUAUCCAGCACUGAAGAUGAUAUCCAUAAUCAGGACACAACUACUUCGACUCAGGAAGGUUCUACCAUUUCUGACUUAACAACACCAAGCAGCACAAAUACUUAUGAAACCACAGCUACAUUGUCAGAUAUGAAUUUGGGCUCAACAAUAUCCAGCACUGAAGAUGAUAUUCAUAAUCAGGACACAACUACUUCGACUCAGGAAGGUUCUACCAUUUCUGACUUAACAACACCAAGCAGCACAAAUACUUAUGAAACCACAGCUACAUUGUCAGAUAUGAAUUUGGGCUCAACAAUAUCCAGCACUGAAGAUGAUAUCCAUAAUCAGGACACAACUACUUCGACUCAGCAAGGUUCUAGCAGUUCGGACUUAACAACACCAAGCAGCACAAAUACUUAUGAAACCACAGCUACAUUGUCAGAUAUGAAUUUAGGCUCAACAAUAUCCAGCACUGAAGAUGAUAUCAAUAAUCAGGACCCAACUACUUCGACUCAGCAAGGUUCUAGCAGUUCGGACUUAACAACACCAAGCAGCACAAAUACUUAUGAAACCACAGCUACAUUGUCAGAUAUGAAUUUAGGCUCAACAAUAUCCAGCACUGAAGAUGAUAUCAAUAAUCAGGACACAACUACUUCGACACAGCAAGGUUCUACCAGUUCUGACUUAACAACACCAAGCAGCACAAAUACUUAUGAAACCACAGCUACUCUGUCAGAUAUGAAUUUAGGCUCAACAAUAUCCAGCACUGAAGAUGAUAUCAAUAAUCAGGACCCAACUACUUCGACUCAGCAAGUUUCUACCAUUUCCGACUUAACAACACCAAGCAGCACAAAUACUUAUGAAACCACAGCUACAUUGUCAGAUAUGAAUUUGGGCUCAACAAUAUCCAGCACUGAAGAUGAUAUCAAUAAUCAGGACACAACUACUUCGACUCAGCAAGGUUCUAGCAGUUCGGACUUAACAACACCAAGCAGCACAAAUACUUAUGAAACCACAGCUACAUUGUCAGAUAUGAAUUUAGGCUCAACAAUAUCCAGCACUGAAGAUGAUAUCAAUAAUCAGGACCCAACUACUUCGACUCAGCAAGGUUCUAGCAGUUCGGACUUAACAACACCAAGCAGCACAAAUACUUAUGAAACCACAGCUACAUUGUCAGAUAUGAAUUUAGGCUCAACAAUAUCCAGCACUUUAGAUGAUAUCAAUAAUCAGGACACAACUACUUCGACACAGCAAGGUUCUACCAGUUCUGACUUAACAACACCAAGCAGCACAAAUACUUAUGAAACCACAGCUACUCUGUCAGAUAUGAAUUUAGGCUCAACAAUAUCCAGCACUGAAGAUGUUAUCCAUAAUCAGGACCCAACUACUUCGACUCAGCAAGGUUCUACCAUUUCUGACUUAACAACACCAAGCAGCACAAAUACUUAUGAAACCACAGCUACUCUGUCAGAUAUGAAUUUAGGCUCAACAAUAUCCAGCACUGAAGAUGAUAUCAAUAAUCAGGACCCAACUACUUCGACUCAGCAAGGUUCUACCAUUUCUGACUUAACAACACCAAGCAGCACAAAUACUUAUGAAACCACAGCUACUCUGUCAGAUAUGAAUUUAGGCUCAACAAUAUCCAGCACUGAAGAUGAUAUCAAUAAUCAGGACCCAACUACUUCGACUCAGCAAGGUUCUAGCAGUUCGGACUUAACAACACCAAGCAGCACAAAUACUUAUGAAACCACAGCUACAUUGUCAGAUAUGAAUUUAGGCUCAACAAUAUCCAGCACUGAAGAUGAUAUCAAUAAUCAGGACCCAACUACUUCGACUCAGCAAGGUUCUAGCAGUUCGGACUUAACAACACCAAGCAGCACAAAUACUUAUGAAACCACAGCUACAUUGUCAGAUAUGAAUUUGGGCUCAACAAUAUCCAGCACUGAAGAUGAUAUUCAUAAUCAGGACACAACUACUUCGACUCAGCAAGGUUCUAGCAGUUCGGACUUAACAACACCAAGCAGCACAAAUACUUAUGAAACCACAGCUACAUUGUCAGAUAUGAAUUUAGGCUCAACAAUAUCCAGCACUGAAGAUGAUAUCAAUAAUCAGGACCCAACUACUUCGACUCAGCAAGGUUCUAGCAGUUCGGACUUAACAACACCAAGCAGCACAAAUACUUAUGAAACCACAGCUACAUUGUCAGAUAUAAUUUUAAGCCCAACAAUAUCCAGCACUAAAGAUAAAAUCCAUAAUCAGGACACAACUACUUCGACUCAGCAAGGUUCUACCGGCUACGACUUAACAACAACAAGCAGCACAAAUACUGAUGGAUUCACAGUUGGUUGGACAGAUAUGAAUUUGGGCUCAACAAUAUCCAGCACUGAAGAUGAUAUCCAUAAACAGGACCCAACUACUUCGACUCAGCAAGGUUCUACCAUUUCUGACUUAACAACACCAAGCAGCACAAAUACAUAUGAAACCACAGCUACUCUGUCAGAUAUGAAUUUAGGCUCCACAAUAUCCAGCACUGAAGAUGAUAUCAAUAAUCAGGACCCAACUACUUCGACUCAGCAAGGUUUUAGCAGUUCGGACUUAACAACACCAAGCAGCACAAAUACUUAUAAAACCACAGCUACAUUGUCAGAUAUGAAUUUGGGCUCAACAUUAUCCAGCACUGAAGAUGAUAUUCAUAAUCAGGACACAACUACUUCGACUCAGGAAGGUUCUACCAUUUCUGACUUAACAACACCAAGCAGCACAAAUACUUAUAAAACCACAGCUACAUUGUCAGAUAUGAAUUUGGGCUCAACAUUAUCCAGCACUGAAGAUGAUAUCCAUAAACAGGACCCAACUACUUCGACUCAGCAAGGUUCUACCAUUUCUGACUUAACAACACCAAGCAGCACAAAUAAUUAUGAAACCACAGCUACAUUGUCAGAUAUAAUUUUAAGCCCAACAAUAUCCAGCACUAAAGAUAAAAUCCAUAAUCAGGACACAACUACUUCGACUCAGCAAGGUUCUACCGGCUACGACUUAACAACAUCAAGCAGCACAAAUUCUGAUGGAUUCACAGUUAGUUGGACAGAUUUGAAUUUGGGCUCAACAAUAUCCAGCACUAAAGAUGAUAUCCAUAAUCAGGACACAACUACUUCGACUCAGGAAGGUUCCACCAUUUCUGACUUAACAACACCAAGCAGCACAAAUACUUAUGAAACCACAGCUACAUUGUCAGAUAUAAUUUUAAGCCCAACAAUAUCCAUCACUAAAGGUGAUAUCCAUAAUCAGGACACAACUACUUCGACUCAGCAAGGUUCUAUCGGCUACGACUUAACAACAUCAAGCAGCACAAAUUCUGAUGGAUUCACAGUUAGUUGGACAGAUUUGAAUUUGGGCUCAACAAUAUCCAGCACUAAAGAUGAUAUCCAUAAUCAGGACACAACUACUUCGACUCAGGAAGGUUCGACCAUUUCUGACUUAACAACACCAAGCAGCACAAAUACUUAUGAAACCACAGCUACAUUGUCAGAUAUCAUUUUAAGCCCAACAAUAUCCAGCACUAAAGAUAAAAUCCAUAAUCAGGACACAACUACUUCGACUCAGCAAGGUUCUACCAUUUCUGACUUAACAACACCAAGCAGCACAAAUACUUAUGAAACCACAGCUACUCUGUCAGAUAUGAAUUUAGGCUCAACAAUAUCCAGCACUGAAGAUGAUAUUCAUAAUCAGGACACAACUACUUCGACUCAGGAAGGUUCUACCAUUUCUGACUUAACAACACCAAGCAGCACAAAUACUUAUGAAACCACAGCUACAUUGUCAGAUAUGAAUUUGGGCUCAACAAUAUCCAGCACUGAAGAUGAUAUCCAUAAUCAGGACACAACUACUUCGACUCAGGAAGGUUCUACCAUUUCUGACUUAACAACACCAAGCAGCACAAAUACUUAUGAAACCACAGCUACAUUGUCAGAUAUGAAUUUGGGCUCAACAAUAUCCAGCACUGAAGAUGAUAUCCAUAAUCAGGACACAACUACUUCGACUCAGGAAGGUUCUACCAUUUCUGACUUAACAACACCAAGCAGCACAAAUACUUAUGAAACCACAGCUACAUUGUCAGAUAUAAUUUUAAGCCCAACAAUAUCCAGCACUAAAGGUGAUAUCCAUAAUCAGGACACAACUACUUCGACUCAGCAAGGUUCUAUCGGCUACGACUUAACAACACCAAGCAGCACAAAUACUGAUGGAUUCACAGUUGGUUGGAAAGAUAUUGAUUUAAACACAGCAAUAACCAGCACUGUAAAUGAUAACAAUAAUCAGGACACAACAAAUUCAACUCAACAAGGUUCUACCGGCUACGACUUGGCAACACCAAGCAGCACAAAUACUGACGGAUACACUUCAGCUGGUUCUGACUUAACAACACACAGUGAGAAUACCACAACAAAAUCAAACAAAGAUCUGUCAGGUGAUGUUGACGAUGACGAUGAACGUUUUCUACUUGAGAUGCAAAAUAUUUUGAAGAAACACGAAGAUUUCUUGAAGAAAAAGCAUUCUCCACACCACAUUAACCAAGACCAUGAAAAAACUUCCGCCUUAAGAUGCUAUAUAUUUAAUGAAUGCUAAUUAAUACCUGGUAAAAACGAAAUGCUGAAGAUGUGAGAAAUAGCGAUGUGAUUUUCGAGAUUAAAUAAAUAAAUAAUAAUGUAAAAAAA